CUCCCGUGCUUCAAGAAUCGCCUGGAAGCUACUUGUGCAGGCUUUAAAUACUGAUUUGACAGAUCACAUUUUACACACAACCUGCCACUGAGAAAAUAGCCCACGACUACUACCACCACCACCACCACCACCACUACUACUACCACUAGCCCCAGCAGCUCCUGGUGUGUUCAAACGCACACAGGGACACGAUGGGAACUCUGAGAGUGUUAUUCCUCUUGUCCUUUAUAUCACCGUGGGUGCUCUGCUCAACUGGGAAACAACAGGAUGUACUGCUGAACAGAGAAGCUAAUCUGGAAGCAAAGAGGUCUAAGAGAGAGGCAGCAGCGUUGUGGCUGGGAGAGGACUAUGACUCCAGCAUGGUCUUCCUGGCUGCUGAUGAACCAGACAACGCCCCAGCUGAGGGGGGUGACGCCUUGGAGCUGCCCACAUGCCUGCUGUGUGUGUGUCUGACCGGGUCUGUGUACUGUGAGGAAGUUGUUCCUGAGAUGACUGCUGUGCCAACCCUGCCCAAGGAGACUGCCUACUUCUACGCCCGCUAUAACAAGAUCAAGAAGAUCACCAAUAAAGACUUCGCAGAUAUCGUGACUCUGAAGAGAAUCGACCUAACGGGGAACCUGAUCUCGGAGAUUGAGGAAGGAGCGUUCUCUAAGCUGACCCUGCUGGAGGAACUCAAUUUGGCUGAGAACCAACUUGUCAAGCUACCCAUGCUGCCCGGCAAGCUCACCACCUUCAACGCCAACCACAACCGGCUCAAAACCAAAGGGGUCAAGGCCAACGCCUUCAAGAAACUGGAGAAGCUGAUCAACCUGUUUCUGGGAGACAAUGCGCUGGAGGCUGUACCAGUGAUCCCGCAGAGCGUCCGCAUUGUCCAUCUGCAGAACAACAACAUCACGGAUAUCAGCUCCGAGACGUUCUGCAAGGGCAACAACACGUACUACAUCAGACCCAACCUGAUGGAGGUGAGGUUGGAUGGGAACCCAGUGCUGCUGUCCAAGUACCCCGACAGCUUCACCUGCCUCAAGUCUCUCCCCGUCGGACAGUACCACUAGACAGACUAAACUCCCUUGGAGGGGGGGGGGGGGAAGAGGUCUUCCGUUCUGACGUCAUUAGGACUUCCUGGUUUCAAUAGAAAGACAUACAACUGCUACAGGGGCGUAUAACAGUCAGAUGAAAUGUUAUUAUGAACGUUGCGGAUAGACAGCCAUGUAAUGAAUAGAUCCAACACGAUUCCUUAUUCUACUUUGACAAAGACAAGACGAAUCUACACCAUUUACAUUCCAUUUAUGUUCUGAAUGUUCUUCUGUAAAAUUGUGUCUUUCUCGGUCUCUUUCAGAAGACUAGCGGCCGGGAUUGAUAUGUUAGUAAUCUCAUGUUAGGAAGCUAGGCCAACGUUGACUACAAGGCUUUGAGCGGAUCGCCUGUUUUCUGAUUUAUAAAAAAAAGGUUAUUUUACAUUUGUAUUUGUUCAAGUUAUGUUCCAAGACCAAAUCAGCCAAGGGAAGAAAGUUUGUUUGUAAGUUUGUAAAAAACGUUUCUUUGGAUGUUUGCUUUUGCGUUUGUGUUUGACUUUUUUCUUCUUUUUUUUUAAACGUUGAGUCAAGCUUUUUGGCUUUCCUCCGAAUUCUGUGAAUGACUUUCAUGUAAACUGGUUCCUAACUUAACAACUCAAGUAGAAGUUGAUGAGAAAAUAUAUAUCUUUGAAAUACGUAUAUAGUGAUGUGAAACUAAUGUGCCUGUGCUCACAACAUCGUAAGCUUUGAUAUUAAAAAUGGUCAAAUGA